UUUUCCUUUUGUCUUCGAUUGUUCCCACCAUCUGGGUCUUUUCCAAUGAGUCCACUCUUCUCAUUAGGUAGCCAAAAUAUUUCAGCUUCAGUCUCUGCCUUUCCAAAGGUCAGUAUUCUCCAUUAGAAUACUGUACGAAUUUCUGCCUAAUUUGUGGAAUAUGCAGUAUCUAAUUGUACUAAAAUCAGUCUUCUGUUCUUUUUGAUGAAUAAAGAAAAUAUUUUUGAUUGAUUCACUCAAAUAUAGAGUUAAUAUUUCAUGUUUAAUUUAUGUUGAAAUGUUUGCAACAUGUGAGUUUUGUUUUAUUUUGCAGAUCUGGAGAUCAUAAAAGAUCUGUUCUUGAAACAAUGGCAACAAAAUCAUCGCUCCUUAAAGUAAUCCUUUUAGGAGAUGGAGGAGUUGGAAAGAGUUCAAUUAUGAACAGAUAUGUUACUAACAAAUUUGAUACCCAGUUAUUCCAUACAAUAGGUGUAGAAUUCUUAAAUAAAGAUCUGGAAGUGGAUGGACACUUCGUCACAAUGCAGAUAUGGGACACUGCAGGCCAGGAACGGUUUAGGAGCUUGAGGACUCCCUUCUACCGAGGUUCUGACUGUUGCCUUCUCACUUUCAGUGUAGAUGAUUCUCAAAGCUUCCAAAAUCUGAGCAACUGGAAAAAAGAAUUCAUUUACUAUGCAGAUGUGAAGGAGCCUGAAACAUUUCCUUUUGUGAUACUGGGUAAUAAAGUUGAUAUAACUGAAAGACAAGUAUCUACAGAAGAAGCCGAGGUCUGGUGCAGAAACAAUGGAAACCAUCCUUACUUUGAAACAAGUGCAAAAGAUGCCACUAAUGUUGCAGCAGCUUUUGAGGAAGCUGUCCGAAGAGUUCUUGCUACUGAUGAUAGAUCAGAUCACUUGAUUCAAACAGAUACAAUAAAUCUUCACCGAAAGCCCAAACCUAGUUCAUCAUGCUGUUGACUAUUUAGCUUUAUCUCUUGGUUCAAUAUCAUUCUUAACUCGGAAUAAUAGAACAUAUGAUUCAUUGGAUGACACAUAAUAUAUUAAACUGUAAUAUUUUACUGCUUUAUGUGCUGGCCAGAAGAUUCUCUUCUAUGUGACCUAUUGCUAAAUAAAUGGUAUCUGACAUUUGGGGAAGGUAUUAACUCAAGAAUUCAUUUAAUUUAAAUGUUGUUUGAAUAAUAAAUUAUAUACUAAAACUUGAAAGUUCUAGAAGCACUACUUGGGGACUCAGUUGAGGAAUAGAAAUUUUAUAUCUAUGUGUAUAUUUUGAGGUCACUAAUUCAUGGUUUACUUCACUAAAACCUUUUACAUAAAGCAAUAUUAGUAGAUAGUACAUUCUUAUUCACGAUUGCAUCUUUAAUCUAUUUUUUUUUAAAUCUGAUUUAAUAUAAACAUUUUAAGGGCUUUUGCUAUUUGCCUAGUGUCACUGAGCUGCCUGUAGAUUUUAAGUUAGAUAAUAAAUCUGCAUAUAUGGAG